UGCAGAUCAACCAUUUACUGUGCAAGGACCUGGCAAUCAUGUCCACGUCUGAAAAUAAAGUCGCUCCCAAACGGAAGAUCCGGCCCGCCAGGAAACAGGUCGCCGUUGAUCAGAUCGAUAAGACCGAGCAGGUGCAGACGGGGAAAGAGUACAAUAUCUGGUACAACAAGUGGGCAGGAGGAGAUCGUGAAGACAGCUAUGGAAACAAGACGCACUCUCAAUCUCGAUGCGUGAUCUUACGAGAUGCUGGAUAUACUCGAGCGGAUGCCAACGGGACGAAGUACUGCUGCCUGUUCUUUGCCCGAGGAUGUUGUCCUCUUGGACACGAAUGCAAAUACCUCCAUCGUCUUCCUCUCCCGACACAUCAGAUUCCGGAUACCUCGCUCGAUUGCUUCGCCAGAGAGAAACACGCCGACUAUCGGGACGACAUGGGUGGUGUCGGUAGUUUCGGAAGGCAGAACCGAACAUUGUAUGUUGGACGUAUGACCGAGGCGGGGAGUAAAGAGGAUACCGAGGAGAUGGUACGAAGACAUUUCAGCGAGUGGGGUGACAUCGCUCGGAUCAACAUCCUUUACAACCGAGGGGUAGCAUUCGUCUCGUAUUCGAACGAAGCACAGGCUCAGUUCGCAAAGGAAGCCAUGUCCAACCAGAGUCUCGAUGGGGACGAGAUCUUGAAUAUUAGAUGGGCGACUGAGGACCCGAACCCGGUACAAAAGAUUGCAGAGAAGCGUAGGAUCGAGAACCAGGGCAAGGUCGCCAUCGCUGGUCAGAUCGAUGGCAACAUGGUAGAGGCCGUGCAGGCUAUCGGAGCGCUCGAGGAAGGACGGGAGGAAGACUAUUACCCCAUCGCUCUAGAAGACGGUCAAGGCGAAGAGGAUGGUCGACCAAGCAAGAGGUUGAGGUUGGAGAACGGUUCGGCUACCAACGGGUCCGGUGACAACAGCGCAAUAAACGCCGAGUCUGGGACUGCUACGAAAAAGGGUGGAAUCUUGGGUGGGGAAGCGCUUGACAACUUGUUGUACUUUGCCGAGUUGGCUAAGAAGCAGGCCGCCGAGGUCAAGCGGGCUGCGCAACCGGCGGCUCCCAAGGUCGGCAUGGGUCUGCUGGGCGGAUACGGUAGCGAGAGCGAAGAAGACUGAAGGGGUAUGUCAUAUGCACAUGCAGAUUGAGAGGCGUCGUUG